AUGCCACCGUGGUCGCUGAUAUCGCCAGCCUCUCGAGGCAUCGGCUUCGCGCUCGCAAGACAAGUCUUGCAAACCACGAACGCGCCCGUCGUGGCAACGGCACGAAAAGACCUCGAUAAGACCAAGGAGGAGCUACUUGACGGGUUGGAUAUCGAUGAGAAGCGGCUGUCUGUGCUGAGAUUGGAUGUUUUGGACGAGCAGACCAUCGCAGAUACAGCAGCGGCCUGCAAAAAGCAGUUUGCUGACGGCCCCAGUCAGCUCCAACUUGCAUUGAUGGUACAUGGAAUACUUUUCCCGGAGAAGUCGCCAGCCCAAAUCAACGCCGACGAUGCGUUGUUGACGUUUCGAACCAACACUUUAGGUCCAAUGCUAAUGCUCAAACACUUCUCGCCAUUUUUACCAAAAAAGCCACACACUAUUGAUAGAGAGCAAGAGCACAUGAAAGGAUUACCAGACGUAGCUACCACUGCUAUCAUGUCAGCUCGUGUUGGUAGCAUCAGUGACAAUCGUCUUGGGGGAUGGUACAGUUAUCGCGCAUCAAAAGCAGGUGUCAACCAAACUGUCAAAACCUUUGAUAACCAUCUUCGGACUGCAUCCGGCGAUAAUGCAAUGGCUGUAGCCUUGCACCCAGGCACGGUCAAGACCGGUCUAAGCAAGGAAUUCUGGAGCAAUGUAAAAAAGGAGAAGCUAUUCGAGCGCGAAUGGGUUGCUGAAAGACUCAUCCAUGUCAUCAAGCAAGUGGGAGUUGAAGGGCGAGGCAAGUGUUGGGACUGGGAUGGGAAGGAAGUACCUCCUUGA